ACACCAGCUCCUCCACGCUUCUCCUUGAGUUUCAGUGAAAGCUGCACCUGAGAACACAGUUCACCAUGACCUCAUACCGCUCCGGACAAUCCUCCAUGUCCAUGUACUCUAUGCCCUCCGUCUCCAGCGCUCGGCGCGGGACGAGCGUCUAUGGCGGGGCAGGCGGCAGAAGCGUCCGGGUGUCCUACGCCUCCAGCAACCUGGGCUCUGGCUUUGACCUGUCAUCGGCUCUGGGAGCUGGGGGCAGCAGCAACAACAGCUUCGGCGUGUCGGGUGGCGAGAAGGCGACCAUGCAGAACCUCAACGACCGCCUGGCCACCUACCUGGAGAAGGUGCGCUCUCUGGAGACAGCCAACGCGCAGCUCGAGCGCCAAAUCCGGGAGUGGUACGAGAAGAGGACCGUCCAAACCAGAGACUACAGCCAGUACAACGUAGUCAUCGAUGACCUGCGCAAAAAGAUCUACAAUGCCACACAGGACAAUGCCAGGCUCAUGCUGCAGAUUGACAACGCCAGACUUGCGGCAGAGGACUUCAAAAUCAAGUUCGAGAAUGAGCAGUCAGUGCGCUUUUCGGUUGAGUCAGACAUCGCUGGGCUGCGUAAAGUCCUGGAUGAGCUUACCAUGUCCCGGUCUGACCUGGAGAUGCAGGUGGAGGGCCUGAAGGAGGAGCUGGUCUACCUGAAGAAGAACCACGAAGAGGAAAUGGCAGCCCUGCGUUGCCAAGUGUCCAGUGGUUCCGUGAACGUGGAGGUGGACGCCAAGCCUCAGGAAGACCUGAACAAGAUCCUGGAUGAGGUCAGGUGUCAGUACGAAGCUAUCGCCACAAAGAACCGCAAAGAAAUGGAAGCCUGGUACAAAGUCAAGUUUGACGAACUGAACAAACAAGUGGUGACGUGCACGGAGACCCUCACAAUCUCCAAAAGUGAAAUCAAUGACCUGAAGAAGACCCUGCAGUCACUUCAGAUCGAACUGCAGUCCCAGCUCAGCCUGAAAUCUGCCCUGGAGGGCCAGCUGUUGGAGACGGAGACCUGCUACAGCCAGCAGCUGUGCCAGCGCCAGGCCCAAGUCGAUGCCCUGGAGAACGAGCUCUGCCAGAUGAGGACGGACAUCGAGAGGCAGUCCUCAGAGUACAAGAUACUGCUUGACAUCAAGACCAGGCUGGAGAUGGAGAUCGCAGAGUACAGGAGACUGCUGGAUGGAGAGAGCGGAAAGUCAACCGUCCAAACCGUCGUGCAGCAGGAGGUCAAACAUAAACCCGUCAUCACCCAGAGGACAAAGGUGGUGAUUGAGGAGAUCAUUGAUGGGAAAGUAGUGUCCCGCACAGAGGAUGUGGACACAGAGAUCAUCAGCAAGUAGAGUGCUGGGUUCACAACUGAUCUGAGUCAACUGAUUAAAAACCAAAAAUAAAUCAAACCGCGACAAGGAAAAAAACUACUAAAUGCAAGCAUGAAGAAGAGUUUUCUUGUAUGAAAAUACUUAAUUUGACUUAACUGCAAAAUGUUUUCUUUCUUAAAUUUUGUAACAUCAGUGGAGCAUAUUGAAGAAAAGCAAAGCACCUCUGCAUUUAAAGAAACAUUAAAAUGAAAUUUAAAAAAUCCA